ACUAUUGGUAGCAAAGCAAGGAUCGUGUACAUACAGCGCUAGCGCCAGAGUCCGCGUGGAUGGUUCGUGGCAUGGCUGGGUAAGAAAUAGGCUUCAAAAUGGCUAACCGAUCAAGCAUACUAAGUUAUGUAAGUUUUUCUGUGUUUAUGCUGUUAUUUGCAAAUUUAACGUACUCUGAAAGUGCGAAGGAAAUGAACUUACAUGUACGACGAAACCACAUCAACAUGAACAUGAAGAAGUCAACAUUCACAACAAGCAUUGAUGGGAUGUACAGUCAGAAUGACUUUUCUUCUACAAGAAACAUGACAAACGUUAAGCACAAAAGACAUGUAAGAAAUCGUCUACAGGUGAAAAGUAAACGCAGACAAGUGAGAGAUGUAGCAUCUAACCCGGUUGAUGUGGCUACCCAGGAUUCAGAAUGUCGUAUCCCUGAUCAACAGAUGGCAGCACUGUCUAAUUCCAAGCAUACAAGCUUUUACAUGUUCAAUGACAGCAACUUCAAUUUGGCAAUGAUAUGGACUGGAACAGAUGGCAAGGAGCUGAUGGCAUUAUCAACCAUGGAAUACACUUUCUUUUCUGAACAAUCUCAGCUUUGGAUAAGCAAAGACUUUGGUAGGUCUUUUGUAAAUAUCAACCAUCGCAUUAGGGGAGCUGUCAUCAAGGCAAAAGAUGGAGUAUUCAAGAGUUCCAUCGAUCCUCAAAGAGUGAUCCUUGUUUCAUAUAUGGAAGACCAAGAUAUGAGCCAGACACGUGUGUAUGUCACCCUGAAUGGCGGUGAAACAUUUGAUGAAUCCAUUCUUCCUUUUUAUCUUGAUGGGGCAAUUGUUUUCCACAGCACAGCUACUAAUAUGCUACUAGCGCAUUCACCAUAUCAGCAGUUCAAACUGUGGGUGUCGGAUGAUUUUGGAAUACAUUGGAGAGAUGUGCAGAGUAAUGUGAUGUCUUACUCAUGGGGAACCAAAGAAAUGGAGCCAGGUGCUUUAUUUGUGCUUGUAUCAUCGGGGACUGACAAGGACAAAACAGGUUCAGGAACUCGUAAGCUUUUGAGGUCAACUGACUAUGGAAAGACUUUCCUUGCAAUAAAAAUGAAUGUGUACAGCUUUGGAGUGCAGGGAAAGUUUGUGUUUGCAGCAGUGGAUGGUGGAAAGGGGGAUAAUGGACGAAUACUUUAUGUGUCUAAAGAUGAUGGUAAGACGUGGAGCCCUACACAGCUUCCAGUUGUCACCAGUGACCGGUUCUUUUCUGUGUUGGACAUGAAUGAAGGGAUGCUAUUCAUGCAUGUUGAUGAUGAAGGAGACACAGGUUCUGGAACUCUGUAUACAUCUGAUGCUGAUGGAAUUGUGUUCUCUGUAUCUCUCAAGAAACACUUGUUUGCUGAGGGUUCUGCCACAACUGAUUUUUACCGUGUAGCAUCUAUGCGUGGUGUGUACAUGGCAAGCCAGGUUGGUGAUGAUCUAUCCAUUCAUACAAAUAUUACAUUUGAUCGUGGUGGCAUCUGGCAUCCUGUGAAGGCUCCUAAAGGCUCCAAGUGUAAAAACUCAGCAACAUCGUGUAGCUUGCAGAUCCAUAAUCGUUACAGCCAGAUUAAAGGGGUGAAUGCGCCAUCAAGCCCACUCAGUCAGUCAAGUGCUGUUGGACUUAUUUUGGCUCAUGGAAAUGUCGCCGAUGCUUUGGAGACACAUCCUCCUGAUGUUUUCAUUUCAAAUGAUGGUGGUUACAACUGGACAAAAGCAUUAUCUGGCCCCCAUCACUACACUGUAACAAACCAUGGUGGUCUUUUGCUGGCUAUAUCUGCCGAACAGGAUGUCACCAAUACUAUCAAGUUUUCUUAUGACGAGGGUCACUGUUGGAAUGAAUAUAAGUUCUGUGAUGAACCAUUCAGCAUUACAGGAUUAUUGCCAGAGCCAAGCACCAACUCUCUUAAUGUUAGCAUUUGGGGAUUCGGAUCAGAGGACAGAAGAUGGAGGAUUGUGACCAUUGACUUCAGUGCUGUACUUAAAGAUGAGUGCACAGAAAAAGAUUUUGAUGAAUGGGUUCCACAUCUGUCAAAUGAAAGGAGAGGCUGUCUUCUGGGGUUAAAUGAAACAUUUGAAAGAGUGAAACCUGAUUCCCUGUGCCGACUGAAUUAUGCCCAUGAGCCUAAAGCCAAACAAUCUAAUCCAUGUUCCUGUACUAAAGAUGACUAUGAGUGUGACUUUGGGUUUAGCCGCAAAGGUGAAAGUAAAGAAUGCAAAGUGAGUGCGGAUGUUGACCCCUCACACCUGGACAUCUGCAUUAAUGGAAACGAGGAGAAGAUCAAUACUUGGGGAUAUCGUAAAAUUCCUGGAGAUAUGUGCGUAAAUGGUUUUCAGCCAGUCAGAAGCAUGGACACACUUCAGCAGCAGUGCACAAGUGGUCUGGAGUCUAACUUGUCUGUGGAGCAGUUAGAUGGCCAUCAGGUAAAGACAUGGACAAUUGUCAUGAUUCUGCUGGCAGUUGCUUUCUUUUCUGGAAUUCUUGUUUUCUUGCUGUACAGGCACAACAAACUCCCCUGCACCAGACCAAGCUUGGCAUCAUACCGCUACUCACAGCUUAGUGAUGGAGACAAUUUGGAUAAGAUGAUUGACUUGGAAUCUCAUCCAACAUAUCAUGACUCCUCCGAUGAG